UUGCUCCUGAACAAGGCUCGUUUUGCAUUGGGCGAGGCGGCGGCGGCGGUUGGCGCCGUUCAUUACUCUUCUUGUCCCUCCUGGCGACCUCGGCGGCGGCGGCGGAGGAUGGAAGAGCGGGAAAAAGGAGGAGGAAGGCACGGUAGCCGGAGCAGCGCGGACCCCUCUCUUGGUUUGAGAGAAACCAAAUGAAGAAAAGAUUUCAAGGCUCUGGAAUGUAUGAUAAAGAGUGAGAAUGACCAAACUAAAGACUGCUUGAAAACCAUCAGCAGCAAACGGAGGAGCUGUUUUGAAUGCUCAUGUUGUGCAUUUGGAAUGUUUCCUGUUGGUAGCAUCAAGAGGGAGAGGCCAUCCAGAGCCUCAACAGGUGCAGUGUAAGACAUACCAGCCAUCCUAGCUUUUGACAUGAAGAAAGAUAUAGAUGCUUUAAUAGCAGAAGAAAGGGCAGAAAUCAUUGCUAAAUAUGAGAAGGGAAGGCAAGAUGGAACUCAGAUUGAUCCAUGGGAAGAUGCUGACUUUGCUCUUUACAAAGUUACAGACAGAUUUGGGUUUUUGCAUGAGCAUGAGUUACCAAUUCAUAGUGCUCUGGAAGAAAAGCAAAAAGCUCAGUGAAGAUUGAAAGAGGUGGACAAAUGGCUGAAGAUGUUAAGAAAAUGGGGAAAAUACAGAAAUCGUGAAAAGAUGUUCCGCAGAGUUUAUAAAGGGAUUCCCCUCCAAGUACGAGGUCAAGUCUGGUCACUCUUACUGGAUAUUGAAAAGAUUAAGAUGGAGAAUGAAGGGAAGUAUGAGAAAAUGAAAGAACAAGCCAGAAGCUUCUCAGCAGAAAUCAAACAAAUAGAUCUGGAUGUCAAUCGCACUUUUCGAAACCACAUCAUGUUUCGGGACCGCUAUGGAGUAAAACAACAAGCUUUGUUCCAUGUCCUGUCAGCUUACUCUGUUUACAACACGGAAGUGAGUUACUGCCAGGGCAUGAGUCAGAUUGCAGCUAUCUUGUUGAUGUAUUUGAAUGAAGAGGAUGCCUUUUGGGCCCUGGCACAACUGCUUACCAACCAGCGGCAUGCAAUGCAUGGAUUUUUCAUUCCUGGGUUUCCAAAGUUGCAGAGAUUCCAAGCUCACCACGAAACAAUCCUAAACAAGCUUUUCCCAAAGUUGAAGAAACACUUGGAUAAGGAGCAGAUGUUGACAGGAAUUUAUACAACUAAGUGGUUCUUACAGUGCUUCAUUGACCGGACUCCGUUUACACUAACGCUGCGGCUGUGGGAUAUUUACAUCCUGGAAGGAGAGAGGGUUCUUACAGCUAUGGCAUACACCAUUCUCAAACUGCAUAAAAAACGCUUGUUGAAAAUGAGCCUCGAAGAUCUGCGGGAAUUUCUGCAAGAAAAAAUUGCUGCUUCUCUGCAGUUUGAAGAUGAUGCUGUAAUCGAGCAUUUACAAGCAUCCAUGGCAGAACUGCGUAAAAUGAAACUUGAUCUUCCACCUCCAGCAAAAUCUGAAGAAUUCCCAAAAACAUCCCUGGGGAUGGAACUUUCUCUAAAUCUACUCUCAAUGAAAUCCAGUAUAGCCAAUAAUGGCCAGAAAACAGCCAUCGGUGACUUCAACAAUGAUAAAGAUGUCAUAAUACCAUCUUCUCCCGAUAAAGAUCCUCACUGCCUGAAAGAAGGAAUUGAUAACUCAAAUAUGGCAAUACAGGAAAGAACUUCUCCAGAGCACAAUGGAACAGCCUUGCAGAACAAACUGGCGGAUAUGCAUAACAAUCCUUUCCAAAGAUUUCCACCAAAUGAAAUUUUUGAAACUGAGGAGCACCAAGAGGAAGAAAGUGCCAAUAAAGUAUCUUCCGUGGAGAAUCCUAUAAUACUAGAUAACAUUCAGACAGUGGGGGGAGAUCAACAUGUGGCUUCACACAGUGGGAUAGAUAAUUCAUUAAAAAGCAGUAACUCUGAGAAGUGUAGCUUACAGGAAAAUAAACACAUUCCUUUAGAUGAAAGGGACCACAUUAUUCCCCCUGUUCUACAAGCUCAGACAACAGUCAGUUCUGCCUGGGAGUCUCACCUGCAGGUUCAACCCUUGGAAGCUGACCUGUCUACCAGCCACGACAGUACAACUUCGUUAACAAAAUCGGAGUCACUGCAUCAUUUAGACUCAGCACCCUCUGUGCAAAAUGGAGCUGCUCUUGAGCAGGAGAGCACAACCUGCUCCUCUGAAGAUUUAGUAUCUGAAGAUGCUGCCUUGCUUAAAGAUGAUUUACAGCAUCCCCCAUGUACAGAGGCCUCUUCUGCAGCAGAACACGGCCUCUUUAUACCACACGACGUGCCAGGAAAUCUAGUAGUGCCAUUCAGAGAGAGGACAUCUGCUGUUCUUUCACCCCCCUUCCAAGAUGGCCAGCGACGGCCUUCUAACGUAUCUCAGUACGAAAAUCUGUCUGAAAACGAAAACGAGGAAGAAAAACAAGUGCCCGUUUCUACGAAAUUGGCAGAUUCAAUACCACAAACUGAACUCUGCACACCAGUAUUAAGGUCUUCUAUACCCAAGUCUGCCUCACUUGGGGAGAUAGACCAUCUCCAAAAGCAAACCCAAGAAAUGACAGAUUUGGCAGAACUGCCAAAAAUUGAUGACCAGCUCACCUCAUUCCCCAUGCUGCCACAUUCCAAACAAUUGUCUGGGGGAGGCAGCGUGCCGGUCCUUUCUGAGCCUGGCUGUGAUGCCCUCUUGCUGCCUGGGGGCCUCCAAGCCCGGCCUACUUCGUCUCCUGUGUUGCAGGAUCAGCACAGCCCCUUCAGAAUUAUAAAAACCACCACCCCUCUUCAUUUGGCUUACGCCACGGAGCAAGACUGCUUGAGCAAAAAGCAGCUGGCUCUCCCUUUGCCAGAGACCAGCCACUGUCAUACAGCGGAUGGCGAAAAAUACAAUCUUGUCCCCGGGAAAGUUGAGGUAGCUGGUGAUUGUGUUCAGAAGUUGCAAAAUGUUCCGGGUGGUUCACCUGCAUUUCAGAAACCAAAAGUACCACCCAAGAUUUUCAAAGCACAUUCAGAGAACACGUUCUCUUCAAGCUGUUCUCCCAUGGGGCAAAUGUCUAAAUCAGUCACAUUCUAGAAUUACCGGGAAAGAGGAAAUUUGGGUUACAUAAUGUUUUCCAUAAGAGUUUGGAAAGGAAGGCAGAGCCUGAAGCAAAAUUAGGAAGGUGAUCGCUUUGUUCAUCAAAAUGUAUUCAGGAAUUCAGGUUAAAGUUCAAAGGCCAGGCCAGGCCGGCAGCUAAAAGCUGCACAGAGCUUCUUACAAGAUCCGGGUGAUUCGCCAAAGUAUUUGAAUUAUACGUCUCAUCUUUUUCCUCGCUAGAUAAAUGUUUUAACAAAUUUAACUUUCUAAAAAGAUCAGUGUUUCCAAACCCUUGCAGCUGAGAAAUGAAAGACAUAAUUCAGAAGAGCAGCAAGUCCAAAAGGAGUUACUUUAGGAAGAAGAAACCGGUCAGUUCGAAAUUUGGGCCAGUAAUACUUGUUUUUUCCCCAGUAGCAAUAGUAAUGUUUCUGUUUCAAUUUAGUACUGUAGCUAAUAUACUAUUACAUAUGACGCUGUGCAUACUAUAUAUGCCAGGGAAGUUAAUUUUCAUAGCAUCUAUGCAUAUCAAGCACACAUCAUAUGUGUGUCCUUUCACUAAAAUCAGACAAUUUGACAUGCCUUUUUAAAAGUUUGGUUCCUCUCGUUCCACCAUACCUCCUUGUUUAGUGAUGCCAUUUAGUCAAGAGAAAGGAGAUCCCAUCAGUCCCUUCAGUUGAACUUUUCAAUACGUUACAGACACAUGGGUAGCUUCAGAGAGAAAUCCAGAUAGUCAGGUAGAAGGUUUGCAAUAUGCUAUCCGGUGUUUCUAAGUUUGUUCAAUCCUCAAUUUAUGAGCAUGGAUCCUCUAAGGAUCUAUUACAGGAAGUAUUAGUUUGGAAUGCAAGCAAGAAGUGUUCUGAUUGCACUACAAUGCAACGUUCACAUCCUAAGGAAGUUGUGACAUCUUAUUUGCCCUCGUGCCAUUGGCAUCCCUUUGGAAAUACUCUUUUACCUUAGAUGAGUAUUGUGUUGAUUAAUAAACAGUUCUUGCACUGAUAUUAGAAGAAAAAUAGAGAAAAUAUUGGUAGCUAAGACAAUUCCCUAAAGUAGUCUUUGAUCAAGUUUAUAACUUUCCUAGCUGCUACACAGUUGUGAAAGUAAUGCAUCUCCGUUUCUCCAGGAUGCAGUUCCAAGUAGAAUUGUGUCCUGGAGAAACUGAGAUGCAUUACUUUCACAAGGGUAAAGAUUCAAAGCUUUUAUUUGAUUUAUAAUCCAGUUGAGAUUUUCUUCAGCGCAUGCAAAAUUCAUGGCUGCAUUGGUAGCAGUUAAAUUCAACAGAAGGAAAAGAUGGAAUCCUCUUUGGUGUAUGAGAAAUAUUUUGUACUCCGAGUUUUCAGUUUUUCUGUAAUUAGGAUUCCUUUUGUUUUUAAUAAGGUGUGAUAACUCAUUCAGACUAUUAUAAUUCUGCAGUGCAUGCCUCUUCUUUUUUACAUCAGUUACAUUUUGCAGCAUCAGAUGCACAUUAAAUACCUUCAUGCCUUAAAUCUGUGACACACAUUUCCCACUGCAAGAACAAUGGACAAUUCAAGGAAUUCUAAUAAGCAAGGUGUAAGUGUUACUUUAAGAUGCCAAGAAGCGGAGCCUAGUGUUUAUUGUAAAGAGGGGAGGCAAUUCCAUGUCCAUCCAGAUUCUGGGCUCCAAUUUGCAUGUCGUUAGGUUGCAGAUGAUGGGACAUGUAAAGAGUUCAAUAUUAUCUAGGACUGAGCUUGGACAAUUGAAUAUUUUUAAUUUAUGCAUAUAUUUUAUCUUGUGUUCUGCCCUAUACCUACCCAGGCAGCACCAGACUAGGUGCAUUGUUCUAGACUAGGAGAUUAUUUUUUCUUUUUAGUUUUUUAGUUGUUUUUUUUUUAAAGCUUAGCUGAUGUCCAAGUUAAAGAAAUGUUGGUCUAUAUUUUCCAAUGUGCUCAAAUGUCGCACUCAUAACCUGAUGCCCAAUUUCUGGAACAAGACGGGGUUUAGAAUUGUGGAAAAGAAAAGUUGCGUUCCUCUGUGUAGAAAACAUGCAAGUGUCUUCUUUUAAAGCAGCAAAGCCCAUUUGAUUGGGCCUUUUCCCUUUUGCUAUUGUGUGUGUAUGUGUGUGUGUCUGUUGCAGGAGAGCAGGUGCACCUCAGUACUUCAUAACUGAUAAUUGAGCAAUUCACUUCUGUCACCUUUGCUUGCCACCUGUCUUGGUGGCCUCUCACUCUUGACCAUAAGCAAAUUUUAUACUGGAGAAACAUAGAAAGGUAGCUUUGCAUUUUAGACCUUUUUCACUUGCUCCCAAAUAGAACCUGAUUAUAUUUUUCAGCCACAGACUGGUGGAGAUUCACUUUUAAGGGCCUUCUUAUGGCCCUUCAGUUCCUAUGGUCUCCUAAUUUUUUCCCCACAGACAUAGGAGAAGGACAUUGGCCCUACUCCCCACUAUACUUGAGCAAGACUGUUGCUGAAUUAUGGGGCCAGGGGCAAAGCUUGCGUCUUCAGUAGAGAGGCACCUGAUAGGAAAUUGUGCUGUUUAAAAAACAAAACUGCCCAUCACCAUCCAUAUCACAGGCCUUAUUCAACAUAUAGCUUCAAUUUUAACACGCUCCCCAUUGUGCAUAGUUACCUUAGUGCUGGCUGACUCAUUGGCUAAUUAGCCAUAUUUUUCCAACUACAAAAAUAAGUAUUUAAUGGUCAGGAAAAUCUGCUCUUCUCCAAAUGCUCCUUCAUAGGAAAAUAUUGAUGUCCUUCAGAACACAAAAACAAAAGCUUCUACAUAUUCCUAGCUGGAUGUCUUUUGUUUUUGAGGUGUUUUGUUUUUUUGCUUGUUUUUGUUUUUUUCAAGAGACCAAAGACUUGAAACUCUAGGACGAAGCACCCUACUAAAAUGUCAAACUGUAGCUGAAAGAGAUCCAGGAGCUCUUAUUCUUUGAAAGAAUGGACUAUGACAGGAAGACAAAUAAUCUGCUUACCUACCUUCAAAAGAUAUAGCAUUUUUUGAUUGAGUACCGUAGUCUCUUUGAAGCAAAUCCCAGACGCCAAAACAAUUUACCCAUAAAAUUUAAUUUCAUCAGCAUGCCUUUUAGGUGGAAUGAAGUCCAAGAAAGGAACUCCUUAUUCUCAAGGCAUUAAUGUAUCCCCUUUAAUAUUAGGGAAGGCAAUACUUUGAAUCCAGAGAACAAUACAUACCGGUAUACACACAAACCUAUUUGGCCACGCAGAGGUUAAUCUUGUGUAAUGGUAUUAAUCUUGUGUAAAGUUACAAAAAAAAUUUGUUUCCUAAAUGAAAGUAGUUACUGCCUAGAGGAUGAGACAGGUUACUCAUCCAUGUGCAUAUUAUUUAAAAUUGUACCUGUCUUAUUUAUGUUAGCAAUUCAAAUAUAGCUUUACAUGUAGGCAUGUGUCACGCUGCAUACUGUAUUAUGAAAAGAUAUUCAUAUGAUUACAAUUGAGCAGAUAUUUAAAAUCUGAAUAAACUAUAGUUUUAGAUGUGCUUGAAGAUGUAGCAUUUUCUAGUAGUGCAGCCACCAAAGUAAAACUGGAAGCUAGUGCUUAAGGCUUCCCAAAAAGAUUUCCUUUCUAUGAAUGAAAUGGAAAUCUAAAGUGUUUUGGAAAUCAAGAGUAAUGCCUAAAUCCUCUGAAUGCCCAAUCCAUCUAUUACUCUUUCACCUUUUCCUCCUCCUCCUUUCUCCAUUUCUUCCAAAGAUAAUUUGAAAGCAGUCUUUGCAAAAGAGAAGACAAAAAAAAAAAACCCGUUACUGGACCUAAUAUCAUGUUUAUGCCACUUUAAACCAUGUUCCACAAGAACAACAUUGGAACCGUAUCCAAAGCUGGGGUGAUAUGAGGGAAGUACUCCAACUUCGUAGUUUUCCAACCAUCUUUUAACUUGUGGGUUACAGGAUAGAGCAAAUCUUGAAAGUGUUUCACCACAAGUCAAACAUCCCAGGAAAACGUCCAAUAAAUCUCAAGUGUGCUCUUCUGCUAAGGAAUUCAUCUGGAAUGGCUAAGAACGAGGAUUAAACACUCUGAUUAGGAUGUUAAGAACUAACCCAGGCACUCCAGUGAGAUCAUGAGGUUUAACAUGCAAGUCUUGCUUUUAGAAUUUUCAUUGCUAGAGGCUAUUUGGGAUGGAAAACAGACUCUGGCAGCAUUGAAGGUGUGGAAGCCUUUUACUUCCAUAAUAUCCUUCCACAAACUAUGUUACUAUAUUAAAAGAGUUCCAUGGAUUUCUGUCUAGACUUCAGUAAUGCCUGGUUUGAUUUUGAUCAGAAUAAGCCUGUAUAAGGCCGUUUCUUGAGGUUUGGUUUUGAUGCUGUUAUUCCCCAGGCUGUUGCACUAAUAAGAUGGGGAAGGCAUCAACUUUACUUUGAUGAGGUGUAGCAAGCUCUUAGAGCAAAGCCAGCUGAGCUCCUGCAUGGAAGCGAACUUUGAUCAGCUCUAGAACUAAAUGUUCCUUAGUAUGAGAAACAGUGUUCCUUCAGAAACUCAGGGAAACAUCAGGGAAUCCCCCCCCCCCUCAAUUCCCUAAGUAGAGCUAAGAUGUAUUUCAUUUUAAAGUUAAUGUUAUCUUGAUGGACCAGCUCCAACUCUUGGAUCAGAAUAGUGCAGGCACGAGGCAGGGAUUCAGCUCUGGAUUCUGGACUUUUCCCCACUGCUGAAAGUUGGAACAGCCUGCAGUUCAGUAGACGGCCCCGUUUGGGCACUUGAUAGGUCUGCUGCCACUGUCACCCUAAAAUGUCCCAUGUUAACGGCUACUCUUGACACCUCAAAGAGCUUCCUUCCAAGGUAAUUCUGUGUGAUGUAGUCUUGCUGUCAUUCUCUUUUAUGUCUGCUUUGGGGGAAGAUAAAGCAAAAAUAUUCAUUAAAAAGAAAUCCAAAAGGAUUGUACAGGAUGUUGAAAAGCUGUGUUUUACAUGGUUGUAAUAACAGUCAAGACUUUGGAACAAAUUGCUGCAUGUGAAUUCUUUACUUGCUCUCUGGGAAUGUUUGGCAAGUUGCCAGUCUGUCCCCUGGUAUGAUGAGUUUUCGGGCUAAACUACUCAGAUGCCAUCACCGGAGGGAUGGCAGUCCGAGUGUGAUCCAUUACUGCUCAUCUUGUGGGUUUGGUUUAACAAGAGUUUGGGUUGUGACAAUUUAGGCAUGGUUUAAUCCACUAUAACCACACUGUAGACAAGCUGAGGCUUCAAGGAAAGAUUGGAAAUGGUUCCUUGCAGUAUAAUUGCAUUCAAACAUUUUCUUGGAAAUCAUAAAAUGAAACAUGCUUGUCAGCACAAUGUUCAUGUUUUCAGGCUUAUUCUGUAGGAAGAUAAUAAUUUGACUGUGAGACUUUGUGCAAAGGCCAGAGCUGUAUCAUUCAUGUGACAACUGCAAAAUUCCCAGUCUUCUCAUUUAAUGGCAGCAAGCUCUUUGCUUGCUUCCACGCCAG